UCUCUGUCCUCUGGUCUUCGUGACCGUGUCGUUUCUUUCGUCUGUGCAUAAGCAUCAGCCAUUUAACAACACCUCUCAACACUGUGUCUUGCAAGCGACAAUUGAACCUCUUUUUAAUGAGCUAAAUCAGUGUUGCAUUUAUUUGGAUUUGUGCGAUGGAGUUUUUAAUUUGUGUUACCUUACUAUACUACAACAAAUAGACAGCUGCGGGCCAUAGGUAUAAGUGUGGCCGUACGGGUCCGUUCGAAUUUUCCAUGGAACGGGGUGGAAGCUGGAGACGUGAGGGCGUGGUUAUUGAUUUUCUAGCAUUGCGCGAAAAGUACGAGCAGCUGAUAAAAUGUAAGUUGGUCUUCCACUGUAAACGUUUAGUGAACUUCCUGUGCCGUGUUUUAGUUUUUAACAACGUCGAAAUGAAUAUUUUAUAUAUCCUCCCGUUACUAUUACCUCUCAGCUAUUGUGAUUUCGCGACUAACAAUACGAAGUUUGAAGGAAAUCCUUACAAAAAACAUCUGUUCGAUGACCUUUUAAGCAAUUACAAUCGGUUGAUCAGGCCAGUCCAAAACCAUUCAGAGAAUUUGACUGUUUGGAUGGGUUUAAAACUUACUCAGUUAACCGAAAUGAAUCUUAAAAGUCAAGUGAUGACAACGAGCGUGUGGUUGAUCCAGAAAUGGUUUGACUGCAAUUUGAAAUGGGAUCCCAAAGACUAUGGUGGCUUAGACAGAUUAUACGUACCUUCGGAUCAUAUUUGGUUGCCAGACAUAGUUUUGUUUAACAAUGCUGACGGGAAUUACGAAGUUACCCUAAUGACAAAAGCUGUGCUCAAGUAUACCGGCGAAGUAUUAUGGUCACCUCCAGCUAUCUACAAAUCGUACUGCGAGAUAAACGUCCUGUACUUUCCUUUUGACGAACAGAACUGUUACAUGAUGUUCGGUUCGUGGACUUAUAACGGAAAUCAGGUAGACUUGAGACAUAUCGAUCAAUCGCAGGGCAGAAACCGUGUGGACGUUGGCAUCGAUCUAAGCGAAUUCUAUUUAUCCGUCGAAUGGGAUUUACUCGAAGUCCCUGCAAUCAGGAACGAAGAAUUCUAUUCCUGUUGCUCCGAAUCAUAUACAGACAUAACGUUCAAUAUUAAAAUGCGACGCAAGACUUUGUUCUACACAGUUAAUCUGAUCAUCCCAUGCGUUGGAUUGACAUUCAUGACGGUGUUAGUGUUCUAUUUGCCAUCUGACUCUGGUGAAAAGGUGACUCUGUGCAGUAAUAUACUAGUGUCGUUGACAGUGUUCUUCUUGCUGCUAGCCGAGAUCAUCCCCCCGACAUCACUGGCCGUUCCACUCCUUGGCAAGUACUUAUUGUUUACCAUGGUUCUAGUGUCUAUGUCGAUCGGUAUGACCGUGGUCGUGUUAAACAUCCAUUUCCGGUCACCAUCAACUCAUACCUUGUCGCCUUGGGUGAGGACCGUGUUUCUGCACAUGAUGCCACAGAUACUUAUGAUGCGUAGACCGCCAUAUUCGCUGAUGACCAACGAUGGAUUCCAAAGCUCACCCGGUUACUUCAACGAACUAGACUACAGUCGAGACAGUAUAAGUGAUAGUGGUGGUACAGAUCAGAAGCCUCCAUCUUUGACCCAGAGACACUGGUCCUUCAAAAAAAUUCAGUCAGUACAGCCUCACAAUUACCCGGAGAAUGUAAUGCCAAAGACAAUGUCCCCUGAUUUACUCAAGGCUUUACAAGGGGUCUGUUAUAUUGCUCAACAUAUCAAAGACGCAGACAAAGAUAAAGAGGUGAUCGAGGACUGGAAGUACGUUUCAAUGGUGUUUGACCGAUUCUUCUUGUGGGUGUUCACUUUGGCCUGCAUAGUCGGAACGUGUGCCAUAAUAUUCCAGGCACCCUCACUUUACGACCAACGGCAACCCAUCGACUUCCAGCUGUCUAGCAUACCCCGGCGCCGCAGCAACCUGGCGCUGCCGCACGAAAUCGACUUUUACGAGCGCACGUACGGUGCCGAUUAAAGUAUUAUUUUAUAGAUAUCCGUUGAAAUCCCGUUGCAGGCUCAUUAUUAUAAUAUGUACAUACCAUUUAUACGUAGAUAAUACAUAAGUCAUUAUAGGUAUACCGAAUAAACGAUAUAAUACAUGAUUCACUUCCGUUGCAAUCGCGAAUAUAAAUCAUCCUCGAAAUAUCUGUUAGUGCCAUGUGUUCGCAGUCGCACCACCCGUCAAACGCGACGACUGCAUCGGCACAACUUAUUAGAGUGAAAUUAUAAGGAAUGGAAAGAUUUAAAAAAUUAACACCUCCCCCCCUCCCCAGUCACUGACCCCGAACGGUUUCGAUUUGUUAAACUUUCGUGGCGGGUGCUUUACAUGAAUAAUAUAAUUUAUAUCGCGGAUGAAAAGCAAUACUAUAUAACAUCGUUUUUACGAAAUAUAACCACAUCUCCAUUUAAUAUAUAUUUUCGUUGAUAUAUCGUGAACGCUAUAUGUCCUAUCCGUUAUUAAUCAUUAAACAUGACGUGUUAUCUAAACGCGUCUGAACGCAUUUAAUAAAAUAUAAUAAUUAUUACGUGUGAAAACUGAAAAUAAAAAACCAUUUCCUAUUCCCAGUCCUGUGGACGUGGUAUCUUUAAAUAGUUUCAGCCUGCGCACGCGUCGUGGACACGUUUAUUUUGUUUUUUUUAUUUUAACGUACGCAAAUCGUUGUCAAUCGGACACUUUGAAAAACCCGUGUAGACACACGUGCGUGUUAUAAUAUUAUUAUGUUAAAUACAAUACGUCAAAACAAUAUUACAAUAAACGAGCGGAAUCUGCGGCGUACAGAAUCGCACGCGUCGUAUAUAGACGUUUAAUGCUUAUAGAGGUAUAAUAUGAUAACUAUAUAUAUAUAUAUUAUGACAGUAUGAUAGUGCGUGUAUACAACUAUUGUGUUUAUGGAGUAUUGUUAGGCGGGAAAAUUGAAUAUAACAAAUCCCGACGAAUUUCGUCGUCGUAUGGAAAAUAUUUAUAUUGAAUAAUGUGUGUUCUAUAUUACAUAUAUAUAUGAGCAAUAAAAAAGCUGAUCGUGUGAUAUUUUAUAGAAAUCAAUAUUUUUUUUUUUUUUAAUAUUCAAAUGUUUAAAUUAUAUAUUUCCUAAAACUACCAAAAUAACGUGUAUCUAUAGCGUUGCGAUAAACACUUGAUCAUAUUAUAUUAUUCGAGUAAUCAAUAAAUAAGUUUCCGACGAUACAAUAUUACAAACGCAUUUGAACUCAAGUCGCCAUCUCAUGUUGUAUACAUAUAUAUGUUUUAGCUUGAGAUGAUGAAUUUUGAACUACCCAUCGUGUUUUUAGCACGGAGAUGAAAAAAUUGGACCCUCGUUUCUUCUGAUUAACGAUAACUAGUAUACACAAAAUGUUCAAUAAGUUUAUUUUUGUCUGAUGCUUCUAAAGAGAUAUAUCUCUAAAAUAAUCCUCGAGUUGUUUGCCUUUUGUCUUUUAAUAAUUCUAUGAGCUUCUUUUUAAAUAUUCUCUAGUGGUGAGUAAUGAGCUGUUGUACCUUUAGGGUCAAAUCGUAUAAAAGUGGCAUAAUAUAAAUUAUAAUUUCUGUAUGAGUAUAGAGUCUCUGUUUCGAUAAUCCUUAUUGAGUAUAUAACUAUGAUUUUAAGUUACUUGUAUUAAUUAAAUACUACAUCAGCAAUAUUAUAAUACACAAUUAACAUUCAAUUUUGAUAAUAAUUGAAUGGAACACGACUUAAAAUGGAAAUCUAAACCAUGAUAUUAUUGAUUGCUAAAAUGUACGAUUAUAAUCAAAACAAUUAGAAUACAUGCAAGCUCUGAAUUAUAUAGAUCAACAUCCGAUUAAUACUCCAUGCUUGCCUAUAUGUAUAGAAUAUGUAUUACAAUGAUUUCCUUAAAAAAAAUACAUCAUUAUUAUUUUGCAUUAAGAGGACCUUUUAAGGCAGAUAAACCCCCUCUACCCGAACAUCGAUACAGUCGUUUAUUGCAAUAAUAAUAAACAUUCAAAACACCACACGGAGCACGAAUUAUUCGCAAACCAUAUGUAUACAUCUUAAAACGAACAGUGGGAUCGUGUUUCGAGGUCAAAGAGCGUUUUUAUACAUAAUAUAAUAUGUAUGAUUUUAUAUUUAUAUAAUAUAAUAUUAUGCUUGCAUUUUUCGUAUUUAUAUGUGAGUUGCAGCGUGAUGCACUAUAGUUAUACUCAUACUCAGAACGGAGACGAUGGAUACAGUCGUAGAGAUUUUUUAUCGUUCCUAAUUGAUGAUCGCAUACACAAAUAUAUUAACUCAAUCGGUGAAAAAAAAUUAAACAAACAAAUACUGUUAGAUGAAAACGGAUAGUAUAGCUUAUAAGUACCUAGUAUAAAAUCGUGUUUUCAAGUAAUUUUUUUUAGCGUAUAGGUACCUUUAUAAUACGCAUAUAAUAACUCAUACCGACAUUGGUAUCCUGUGAAAUUACUGUAGGUAUACGUUAUAACUUUACAAGUUUAUGACCUACGGCAAUCUUUAAAGCGCAUAAUAAUUACAAUAAAUAUUAUCUAAUUAUGUGCACAAUCAACUAUACACGUGUAUCAUAUUGUAUAUUGAUGUAUUUUUAUUAUCCACUUGCACACGCCAACUUUCUAAAAGUAUACAUACCUAAUAUAUAAUACACACUUAUUACAAUAAUAUUAUUAUUAGGUAUACAUUCCUAUUUAAAAAAAGUAUAUAUGCAUCAUCGUAUUCAUAAACGAAACGUUGACGUUUGCUCAAACAAUCUAUCGAAAGACUAUACAUUUAUUAUUAUUAGAUAUAUAUUUAAUAAUACUUCGACGAGUGUAUGUAAAUAUAGUACCUAUAUAUACCAUAUAAAGAAUGGUAGCUAACUACGCGUUUGUCAAUCGAUCGUGCUCGUAUAAAUAUCGUAUUUCGCUAAUGCGUAUGUAUGUCGUUAUUUACUUUUUAUGAGUUUUUGUACGUUUUUUUUCUUUAUAAUUGAUAUCAGUGUGUUACUAAAAUUUUUAAUUUCCGCGGAACGUUUGUUUUCAUUUUCCUAUAAAUAAAACUGACUAUAUUAAAUCUUAAAAUAUAAAACUAUAGAAAACAUAGAAAUUAUAAUAACAAAUAUUAAAAAAAAAAAAAAAACUAUAAAUAAAAAUAGAG